AUUCGGCAAGAGAUAUUCUAAAUAAAAACAUUUCUGUUUAAACCAUGUUUGUUGGAUCGACAUUUGUAACAUAUUCAUAAUCUACUCUUCAAUAAAACAAAUGGAAUCUAAUAUUAGUGAAGUGGAUUAUAACUACUACUAUUGUAAAUUGAACUUGUUGACUGUGGACCUAGCAUAAUUACGAAAAGUGUAAAGAAACAAAGAAUCUCUCGUAUUUUCAAUAAAAACAAAUCAAAAUAUGUCAGAAGAAUAUGUUAAACUAAUUUCCAGUGAUGGUUUUGAGUUUGUGUUAAGAAAAGACAUCGCUUGCAUAUCUGGAACCAUUAAAGCGAUUUUAAAUGAAGGAGUAUUUGCUGAAGCUCAAAACAACGAGUGUACAUUUCCUGAUAUUAGAGGUUCUCUUUUAGAAAAAGUUUGCGAAUAUCUGCACUAUAACUAUCGCUAUAAAAACCAGCAGGAUGUUCCUAAAUUCGAUAUCCCUCCAGAAAUGGUCCUGGAAUUAUUGGUUACAGCUGAAUACUUGGACACUUAA